AUGGAAUCCUGCAAUAAUUUCACAUACCAAGUUUUCUCGCUCAUCGAAAGACACAAAUUUAAUUUCGAGGUCAAAAAGGCGAACAAAACGUACGAGAAGCGAGCCAUACCUAGGAAGCUGGGCCGUGGACGACGCGAACACGGACCAGACGAUUACAUGGUUCCCUAUUGCUACAACCUUGAAUCCAGAAGUAUUAGACAAAUCAAGAAGCAGUGGACUAUUGGCACAUCUCUGAAAACUUUCAAGCUGGCCAACUAUCUCAAGACAAUCUGGGAACUUCCUCAGAGAAUCAAAGAUGAAAGGGCCGCGAUAAAAUAUAAAGUCGACCUGCUGCUAUGGAGCGCUACAACUAUCGCCAAAAGGGACACGGAGUGCGAGGACCUUACGGCCACAAGGAUGGUUCGACUCACCGAGAAGCGGAAAAUGAGUAUGCCAUUCAUGAGCAACGGCUUCCAGCUUCAGCUCGAAGGGCAGGUCGACAAUGUGAUAUUCGCUGGAGAUGAAGGAGAUCUUGAUGCCACUCUGAUUGUCUUCAGAGCAACAAAGCCAGGACGCGCUCAAGUCUGGACUUUGCUCAAGCUAAUGGCAACAAUUCACCAUGCCCGGAAGCUCGCUGGGAAAGACUCUGAAAUCUACGGUAUCGCCACAGACAGCCGCGAAUGGGCGUUCGCCCACAUCAACAGCAAAAGCCAGUACUCACUCUGGUUCCUAUCAUGGAAAUACGAUUCCCCAGACGUUGUCGCCCACGUCAUGCGGAUCAUCGAUUAUUCGAUUACUCGUGCCGAAGCCGCAGUUAGGGCUCCCUCUAAUAGACCUACUACCGGCCGAGUAACGGGCUGUAAAAUCUUUGACCCCAAGGAAUUGAUCUAUUCUCCUCUGGAAGAGUCUGAAGAGGAAGGAUACGAUUAG